UUCCUGUCUAAAUUCUUUCUUUCCAGAUUGUGUUUUACGAGGACCGGGACUUCCAGGGGAAGUCCUACGACUGCAAAGGCGACUCCGCCGACCUGCAGGGCUUCAUCCGCAGAUGCAACUCGGUCAAGGUGGCGUCCGGCUGGUGGGUCCUGUAUGAGUGCAACAACUACAUGGGCUACCAGUACGUCGUUGGUCCAGGGGAAUACAGUGACUACAGUCGCUGGAUGGGCUUCAACGACUGUGUCAGAUCCUGCAGGAUCAUCAAAAACGCCAAAGCGCCGUACAAACUGAGGCUGUUUGACCGGCCAAACUUUGACGGCCAAUCUUUGGAGUUGACAGAAGACAUGAAGUCUAUCCAGGAGAAAUGGCUCAGACGUGAAGUCCAGUCCUGCAAGGUCCUGGAGGGCUCCUGGAUCUUCUUUGAACAUCCCAACUUCUGCGGUCGUCAGUACCAGCUGGAGAAAGGGGAGUACCGACACCACUCAGAGUGGGGCGCUCUCAAACCAACUGUGGGCUCCAUCAAAAUAAUCACUGAGCUGUGAAAUUCAACCUGUUAAGGUUUCUUGUAAUGCAAUGUGAUACAUUGACUUAACAUUAAAAUUUGAUUUGUUUGAA